ACAUCGUGAUGGAGACUCCUCUUGAGAAGGCCCUGACCACCAUGGUCACCACUUUCCAUAAAUAUUCAGGGAGAGAGGGGAGCAAGCUGACCCUGAGCAGGAAGGAACUGAAGGAACUGAUCAAGACAGAGUUGAGUCUCGCAGAGAAGAUGAAGGAGAGCAGCAUCGAUAACCUGAUGAAGAGCCUGGACAAGAACAGUGACCAGGAGAUCGACUUCAAGGAGUACUCCGUGUUCCUCACCACGCUGUGCAUGGCCUACAAUGACUUCUUCCUAGAGGACAAGUAACCAGGCUCUUCCCUGUCCUCACCUGCAGUCCCUUGCUCUGCCCCUGCAGCCUCUUUAACUGCCCCUCUGAUACCCUGGCCCUUCCCUUCCUCACAGAUGGAUUCUUCCAGUAGAGAA